AAUAAACAAUGAAACCUUGCCACGAAACUGAAUUUUCGUGUUUUAUUCAUAUGUCGGUCACAACCCACCACUAUCCCAGCAUUUCAACGCUCCCCUCCAUUGGUCCUGCAUGCUCUCCAUUUUAUAAGGCGGAUUUUUUCGCAGCCGUAACUCAGCGAAAAAUCCAUCUCCCACCUCAAAGCUUCAGCCCAAGCCACCCUGGCCUACCAUUCAGUCAUUUCACCUAUUUCAUCCAUCGGUCUCCCGGUCUGGCCCCUUUCUAGCUCACCAACCACUUUCCAGAUCCUAAAAUGAGCAGCAACCCCGCCCGCCGCCGCGCUCCACGUAAGGAAAAAUCCGACAAGGUGCACACCAACGGCUGGCGCCGCAACGAAACCACGGGAACCGAAACCGAAGCCUUGGACGAGUCCGAACAGUGUCUCAUUUGCGCCGAACGCAUCGAAAUCGCCGCCUAUUCCCCGUGCAACCACGUCACCUGUCACAAGUGCACGUUCCGCCAACGCGCACUCUACGGAAAAAAAACCUGUUUGGUCUGCCGAACCGAAAACGCCACCCUUGUCUUUUCCGAAGACGGUACCAAGUCCUACGAUGCCUUUUCCGCCGGUGACUUUGUCGACCAUAGCGAAAAGUUUGGCAUCAGCUUCACGUCGCACUACGCACGUGACGCGACUCUCGGGUUGCUUGAUUUUGCGUGUGUAAAGUGCGGCGAGAAGUUCGCGAACUUCAAGAAGCUCAACGCGCACGUGAAGGAGGCACACCAGCUCGAGUACUGUCAUCUCUGCGGGACCCAGAAGAAGGCGUUUUUGUCGGAGUUGCGUUUGUAUACCCGUCACCAGCUCCAGAAACAUCUCUCAGCGGGUGAUGAAAGCGGUUUCACCGGUCAUCCGGCGUGCAAGUUCUGCUCCGGGAUGCGCUUCUACUCAGACGAUGAGUGGAAUGACCACAUGAAAAAGUCGCACGAGCGCUGCCACAUCUGCGACAAGUUGGAUCCACAGAAGCCGCAAUACUUCAAGAACUAUGACGCAGUGUGGCGGCACUUUGAGGACCAACACUUUACGUGCGGGGUCAGCACGUGUCGCGAGGCUAAGUUUGUGGUCUUCCAGGACGAGUUUGAACUCCAACUCCACAUGUCGAAGGAACACCCAUCGCUUAUUGGGAAUUCCUUCACGCUAGGCGGUGCCAGGGGCUUCCGUUCCGGCUUGUCCACCUUCCAGCCUAACGCCUCCAACAGCAGCUCCAGCUCCAGAGCCCCCUCCAGGAGUUCUAACCGAGGCCCUGAAGAGGUUGUGGACUCCUUUGAAACCAAGCAGAUGCGCCUCGAGGAGCGUGCCAGACAUUACUUGAACUACGCGACGCGCGACUUCGAGACGUUCACACGCACAAACGCUGCGUAUAAGAGCGGCGAUGUGUCUCUGAAACAGCUUUUAAAGACGUACAACGAACUCUUCACCACCGAACAGUCGGACAUUGCACUUCUUUUAAAGGAGCUCGCCGAGUUGUACCCCGCCAGCUCUCCCAAGCGAUCCGCCCUUCUUGACGCUAUGAACGAUUUGCAAAAGCACAUUCAACAGGAAGAACAGUUUCCAGCCUUUCCGGGUUCCGAUGAGUCGCUUCUCUCGGAUACCGCGUCUUGGAGAAACAAGUCAUCAAAAAAGAGCGCCUCUCUCCUUGCCUUUCCGCCAUUGCCAGCCAGUCCGUCCUCCAGGCCGGCUGCGCCGCCGGCUAGACCGGUUGUGGGCAAGGGAAGCGCCCAAAAAUUUCCUCCGUUGGCAGGAGGGACCCAACCGAAAUCAAUCUUUGCCCCAACUCCUACUCCCCCGAUAAGGUAUACAACGGUGAUCAAGAAAGGCUCUGGGUAUAUUAAGCCGCAAGUCAACACCUCUCAGGCCUCUGCCAGUUACAAACCAUCAUACUUGACGGCCAAACCGAAAUCCGCGUCGCCAUCGCCUUCGCCGACUCCGAUCUUAAGCGUGGACGGACUCAAUCUCGGUGUUUCGUCAAAGAAGACGGUUUUGGAUGAUCCCAAGUUCCCUUCCUUGCCUGUUUCCACCAAGAAGCCCAUUCCGCGAGUUAAUCCGAUUAGUAUUGAUCCGAGCAACUGGGGGAAGAAGGUCCCAGCCCCGGCCCCAGCCCCCGUUCCGGCCGAGGAGAACAAGGGCAAGAAGAAGAAAGGCAAAAAGCAGAUUUUGUUUCAGAUCGGGAUCUAAGACGGAGACGGUUAACCGGAGGUGGAAGGAUUAUAUAGAACUGGGAGGUAUUGGGUUGAGAUAUUUUUAGAGGUACCCUGGUAGAUUUCUGUUAUAUACUUGCCCAAAAGCUGCAUCGGCGUUAAUUCAUUAUUUAUUAGAUUAGCGAGUAUUAUAGUGGAGUUCUGUAUCUUUUCAUAUUAAC